AUGCUACCGUACCUGCAUCCCGAUCUAGCUGAAUUCCGCACUGUCUCUGACAUCUUUACCCACCUCCGCUCUAGUGAGGAUCGCUUCCGUGCGGCUCUCAAGCUGGCCUUUCUCUUUAAGAACCCCAACCCCCCCCCGCAGUACUUCACCCUGUACUUUCUUAUCACUAGUCUCCCUGACUCCUUUCACACUGUCAGGGACCAGUUCUUAGCCAUGGACCCCACUGAGCUCACACUUGGCUCACUUGAGCAGUCCCUUCUCGAGGCUGAGAAGAGCACUGUCGCUGUCGCUGCCUCUCAUGACACUCCCCGCUCCCCUUCUUUGAAGGGUGCAACAACAGCAAGGGCAGAGGAGGCAGGGGUGGUGGUGGUGGCAGCAGCGGAGGGGGUGGAGUGGGUGGUGGCGGGGGUGGUGGAGGCUCUGGGGGUGGCUCUAGGGGUGGCGGCAGUGGAGGAGGCAGACAGGGUGGAGGAGGCAGCGGUGGAGGGGGAGGCAGCUAGGGUGGCGGGGGCGGCGGAUGAGGUCGGGGUGGGUCUAGCAGGGGUAGUGGCGCUCGUGGACCCUCCCGUGGCUACGGGAGUGGUCAGCAGCUGCCGCGCUUCCCAGACAACCCCACCGACCAGCAGCUCCGUGAGUGGGUUCUCCAGCGUGGGGGCUGUGGGGGCUCUGGUCGCUGCCCUUAUGUCCGGCCCACAGGGCCUCUGA